GGCGAUGACCUGCGCCGGGGCCGGGGCGGCGGCGGCCCAACCUCUGUGGCGGCUGCGCACCAGUGCCCGGCGGCCCCUCUCAGUUUUCGGAAGGAAGCUUGGCGCCAGGUGUUGCAGUUCGGGAAUGACCUUAGACACCAUCAACCGGGCGACUGUGGAUCGAAUAAUUCGGGUGGAUCACGCAGGUGAAUAUGGCGCCAACCGCAUCUAUGCAGGGCAGAUGGCGGUCCUGGGCCGGACCAGCGUUGGACCAGUCAUCCAGAAAAUGUGGGAUCAGGAGAAGGAGCAUCUGAGGAAGUUCAGUGAGCUGAUGGUGGCACUCAGGGUCCGGCCGACGGCUCUCAUGCCCUUUUGGAACGUGAUGGGGUUUGCCCUGGGAGCGGGGACCGCCUUGCUGGGGAGGGAAGGCGCGAUGGCGUGCACCGUGGCUGUGGAAGAGUCAAUUUCACAUCACUACAACAACCAGAUCCGGACGCUGAUGGAGGAGGGGCCUGAAAAGUACGAGGAGCUCCUUCAGGUCAUAAAGAAGUUCCGGGAUGAAGAACUUGAGCACCACGACACAGGCCUUGAGCAUGAUGCCGAGCUGGCACCCGCGUACACCCUUUUGAAGAGGGCGAUCCAGGCCGGAUGCAGUGCGGCGAUCUAUUUGUCAGAAAGAUUUUAAAUCGUGCCACUCGUCCCCAUCUAGAAGAGACAGUUGUCAUUUUACAGGUGAUUAUUUUUUCCAGAAAAGAAAAUGAAUAAUUAUUGUUAUGUAAGCCUUCUUACCCAACUGUGAACAUCCUCCCUCUCCCCCUUUAAUGAAAAUCCCCCAUGCUAACUUUUCUCUGGGCUGCUCUUAAGCUGAAAGGACAAUGUGUUCAGCAAACACAUUCAACUGAUGGCAAAUGAAGGCUUCUUUAUUUGAUCUCACAGCUCGGUUCUCCUGAUGCCUCCAAAAUGAAUCGUUAAUAAAGUCACAGAUCUCGAGGA